ACAUCCAAGAGUCAAAUAUACUGCACUUUACAUCAGCACUUUGCGCUGUGCAGACACCCUGGUGCACACGUUCUUCUUUCUCCAACAGCUCUCUGAAAAACAGGACCCCAAGAAACCAAGACUCCAAAACCCAGAAAGAAGGACAUUUAGAUAAGUGCACUCAUCAAGCCGAAGAUUAAUAAGCUGACCCUAAGGUUGACCUCCCAAGUACUGGUGUAAGAAAGAAAAUCAAAGCAAAACUUUUUCAUAAUGCCAUUAUCAGGAACUCCAGCACCAAACAAGAGGAAAAAGUACACAAAAGUCAUCAUGGAAUUAACCGGUGACGCUACAAGAGAAGGAGAGCAAGAAAGCUCCAGGCUAAACUUGGGGAAGAAGAUCAGUGUCCCCAGGGAUAUUAUGCUGGAGGAGCUUUCUUUACUGAGCAAUAAAGGCUCCAAGAUGUUCAAGCUUCGCCAAAAGAGAGUGGAAAAAUUCAUCUAUGAGAAUAAUCCAGAUGUGUUCAGUGACAACUCCUUGGACCACUUCCAGAAGUUCAUACCAUCUGUUGGAGGACAGCUGGGAGUCGGUGGACAAACAGGUGUUGGUGGAGGUGGCUAUGGAUUAUUACAAGGCAGUGGUCACCUGGUAUCCAGCCUAUCUGUAGGGCAGCACGGAGCUGGAGGUCAACACCCACCUGUUCCUCCACCAAAGCCAGGAAGUAAAGGUGGUGCAGGAGGCCAGCAAGGCACUGGUGGCCCUGGUGGACAAGAUGGCGUCGGAGGUGUUGAUGGUUCCGGAGGCAAAGAUGAUCAGUCAGGACAACCAGGAAGUGGAGGUGGGAAACAGAUCACUGUAUUUAAGACCUACCUUUCCCCAUGGGACAAGGCCUUGGGAGUUAAGCCUCAGGAAACCAAUCUUAGUGUCGAUUUGUUGGAAUACGGUACCAAGGCUGAACUUUGCAAAUACAAAUCAUUUAACAGGUCAGCAAUGCCUUUUGGAGGGUAUGAAAAAGCUUCAAAACUGAUGACCUUCCAGAUGCCUGAAUUUGAUGCUGGACCUGAACCUGAGCCUGUGGGUGUCUUCAACUCAAGUGUUACCGACAGACCGUCCUUCAACAAGACACCAAUCGGAUGGUUGGGAUCUGGUGACACCACAAACUACAACAUUGAACUUAAUAUGUUGCCUGUUGGUGGUGAAACAGAUGAACUCUAAAGUGAUCAACCUUCAAGACAAAAAAAUAAAGUUUGUAGCCUGUAGGUGUAAAAGAAUUUACAAAUGUGACCUGUUCCACUGGCCUUCAAUCACUGAAAUCGUGUGAUACAGUAUCAGCCAGUGGUACAGGUCACAUCAAUGGCAUAUCCUAAUGUGCUUUAUCCAUAAAGCAGGCUUCCCUCUGUAUGUUAAAUGUAAAAACUUAGCUCUUUGCGGUGGUUUUUCUUAAAAUGAAAAGCAAGAAAAAUUUAAGCUGGUUAAUAAAAGAGGAUUGAGAUAAUGUACUAAGAUAGAUAACGGAAUGAAAGCUUAAUGUUUUUGUGCACAGUGGCAAAAGGGACAGUCUGCAAACAUGUAAUCUGUAUUUUCCUCCAAAAAUCCAUGCUUCACACAAAAUAUUUUUCAUUAGUAUAUCUGAAUAAACACAUACAGAUCCUACAGUA